GCUCUCAAUGCCGCCAAAAAAAGAUCUCAUCAAGAAGUAAAUAAUAAUGACAGUGAUAAUGAUUCAGAUGAUGAUACUAUUUGGACAAAUGAUGACCUUGAAAAUAAGUUAAAGGAUACAUACAGUCUAAUACUAAAUGCUGCAGCAAAACCAAAUGCAUUUAAAAUAACUAGCCGGAAAGGGUUUUAUGUUGAAGCUGCUAAAUCUACA